AAAUUUUCGCACAAAAAGUACGAGCUCGUCGCCGACUUCUCGCACAUCACUUUCCAUCUCUCCAUCGUCUCGACGGCUGAUCGCCGCCCUCUUCCACUCCUUCGAGGUCGGGCACCCAAGCCCGACUUGACGCGGCGGCCAGUUUCCCCCAAGAGCAUCCUUCGUUACUUACUUCACCCUUCGUCUUCGCGUUACUGAAGAAACAGUCAUCGUCGUCAAAGGACAAUCAUCAUGGAGAUUGAGGUUGUUGCAGCCAGCUCGAACAAACAGGUCGCCAAGCUUCAUGGGCUCAAUCAAAGCACAACAAUCUUGGAUGUCAAAAAACAGGUGCACCGUCUGAAGCCAAAGCUUUACCCUGAGAGGCAGUCAAUCAAGACUGACCAAAAGUCGAAAGCACUGAAAGAUGAGAGCACUCUUGGAGACCUCAGGCUUCAGUCUGGCGACCGGCUGUACCUCAAGGACCUAGGGCCACAGAUUGGUUGGAAGACGGUAUUCAUGGUGGAGUACUUUGGACCCUUGGCCCUGUACCUCAUCACUGUCUCUAGGCCAGCGUGGUUAUACGGACAGUAUGCAUCACGCCACCAAGUGGACGUUGCCGUCAAGGUGGCAGCCGCCUGCUGGACAAUCCACUACGUCAAGCGGCUACUGGAGACUCUCUUUGUGCAUCGCUUCUCUCAGACGGCACCAUGCACCUAUGAUGCAAACCUGUUUAAGUUCUAUGCGAACAGAGCACCACCGAGAUGUCUGAAUGAUGUCCUAGACAUUGUUGACUUUGGAGGCAACGUGCCCUCUACACUGGCAAUAUUGCCGCCCGAAAAUUUUGCAGCCAUGGUGACUGACGAAGAAAGCGGCGAUGAAAAUGACACUGACAUGGCUCGCUUGCCUGGAAGCGUCCUUCGAGCAGAAAUUGUGGACCUCGACAAUACGUCCAGUAAAGACGACGACGAUGUUGAGCCAGCCAAAAAGGUUACUAAAUCCAGCACUAAAUGGAAAAACCACCAGCAAAGCCGAAUGCACCAGAGAGAUGCGUCAUUUGGCCAGCUGACGGAUGCAGCGUGA